AUGAUCAGAUCAUCUCCUGUGUCUCCAAAACAAUCUGAGCAACAAGAAAGUGAAGAAGAGGAACUAAAUGUUAAUUUUAUUAAAAAGAAUCCGAAAUUAUAUCUUGAUGAUGAUAACGAUGACGUUUCAUCAGUAGAUUCGUUUGCUUCCGCCAACGAACCCGAUGACAUUGAGUUUGGUUCUAAAAGAGCUUCUACCAAUUCCAGACGAGAAUCUAAAAAAUUCUCAAAACGUGAAUCAAGUAUUUCGCCAUUAUUAAAUAAAAAACAUUCAAUCAUCAUUCCUGAAGAAGCAUUGCCACCGUUACCAAAGAAAGUAUUCAGGGAUAUUUCAGUACAAACAGAUAAAGUAAUCGAACCUGUUCCAACCAUAUCAACAUCAUCUAAAACUGACUCGAUGUGUACCUUCAACACAGGAAAAUUCACAUUUGGUGAACGUGAUACUAUGGCUUAUGAAAAUUCAAAGAGUGACGUGUCGAGUAUUCGUCAAUCAAAUCAAUUAAAUGAUAAUACUAGUAACAAUAGUCGUACUAAUAGUAUUAAUAGUAUGAUCGGUAAUAAUAAUGAUAAAAAUCGAUUUACAUUGGAUUUAAGUUCCCCAGCAAACAAAUCACAAAAUAACAAUAAUCAACCAAAACGUCCAUUAACUGUAAGUUUUGGGCAACAAGCGGGAUCUCCUCAAUUACCAAAUCAUCCAUUGCAAGAUUCAGACAAUUCCAAGCAAAACGAUUCAAAUUCUAAUAACAACAAUAAUGUAAAUGAUCCAAAUACUUUACAUCAACGAUCGCCAAGUUCUGACUCUAUAUCAACAGUUAGCACUACAUCAACUUCAUCUGACCAAAAACGUAGAUCCGAUGCCUCCUAUAUGGAUACAAAUGGAACUAGUCCGAUUGUUGGUCCCACACCAGGAACAGAUCCGACAAUCAUUCAUGCUAUAACUCAAACUAUGAUCGGUGAAUAUCUAUGGAAGUACACUAGACGUAAUUUUGGUGCUGGUAUAUCAGAAAAAAGACAUAAAAGAUUCUUCUGGGUACAUCCUUAUACAAAAACAUUAUAUUGGAGUAGUAAGGAUCCUGGAAACAAUGAACCAAUUGAUCCCAAAAUUAAAAGUGGAAUAUUGGAUCUGAAAUAG